AUGUCCGGGAACACCGCUGCGCGCAGCGAGUCGACCAUGUUGCAGAAGCCCGCGGGGAAGCGCACCAGCCCGCUCGUGUCUGCGCCAGCAGCUGCUGCACAAAGCAUCCCUAGCAUGCAUCGGCGCGCAGGUGCACGCGCAUGUUCAACACUGAAACCAAAAGAACGAAUGUUUUGGCGACUAGCAUGUGUUCGUGGACUAUUAGGUUUCAUGACUAUCUGGGCAAUUCGUAUUGUAUUUAUCGAAAAUGAUCUCAAUACUAAUCGUAUAUAUGCAUCUACGGAUGAAUCAUGGCGAUUAAUGACAAUAAUGUUACCAUACUUUAUUUUUGAAGAAGGAUCAUUACUUUAUUUUGAUUACAGAUUCAAAACAUUUUCUAAAGAAUUGCAUUUACAUCAUAUUUUAGCAUUUAUAGGUUUCUAUUUUAACUGCUAUUGUCAUACACAACAUUUCUAUGGUUUGAAAAUAUUUAUUCUUGAAAUGUCCACACCGUUUUCAUGCAUCUGUUUUUGUUUAUUAAAAUUAAGAAUGGAACGAACAUUGGCAUGGAAAAUCAAUCAAUUGAUUCUUAUUUAUGUAUUUCACUUCAGAACUGUGCUGGAACUCAUGAUAUGGUAUGAUAUUUACAAUGACUGGAGUUAUUUCAAAGAACAUUCACCAUUUUUACAAAUGGCUAAUGUAUUAAUUGGGUUAAUAGCACUCACAUUUUGGUUAACACCCUAUUGGACAUAUAAGAAAACCGCACAGUUCUUCCAUCCUGUUGACUGGGAUCUACAAAAAAACACUGAAAAACAAUUACUGAGAAAAAAAGAAGAUAGCAAAGAAAACUGA